GCCACUCCUCCUCCUCCACUGCCAGCUCCGCAGCCCCGGGCGCUUGCAAGGUUUUGCAGGCGGUCCGCGCCCGGCAGGAGACUCGGAUGUGGAGUCGGGGCAGCGACUGACUUGCAGAACCACGGCGCGAGCGUCUGGACUCUGGAGCGGCGGGUGCCUGUAAUCCUUCCGUCCCCGGUCUCCGCCGUGAGCGCAAAACGACAGGCAAGGGCUCCCUUUUCCAUACGAGGAAAGGGAGGGAUUCCGGCGCCUGGUCCUUUCUGCUCUGGUCGCCUUCCGCGCGAGCGAUGCAAGUUAUGGGAAUGCAGGUGUAACCUGGAAGAAGAGCUCUCCGUUUCAUGAUGCCUCCAAAAAGGUCCAGAGGAAAACUUCCUCAGAUAUCCACCCAUAAAAGACGCCUGAAGAGUCGGUGGAAGUUGGAAGAGCAGCAGAAGAGCCCGCUUUUGGGAGAGGAGAAAGGGAAAGUGGGCACCCCCAACAAAAGGGCCAGGAAGCGUAAGGGCACCACUGCCCCCCAGAGAAGGUACUCGGGGCAGAACCCUAACAUCUGCACGGAGUGCGGGCAAACCUUUGCGCAGGCUUUGGAUUUGGUGAGCCACCAGAGAAUCCAUGCCGGAGAAAAGCCCCAUAAAUGCUCUGAGUGCGGGAAAGCCUUCAGCCUCAGCUCCAACCUGAGCAGGCACCAGAGGAUUCACACAAGGGAGAAGCCCUAUCUUUGCUCGGAGUGUGGGAAAAGCUUUGCAGACAAGUCGUCUUUGGAGCAACACGUGCGAACCCACUCGGGGGAGACCCCCUUCCAGUGUAUUGACUGUGGGAAAAUGUUCAGCCAGAGUUCCCACGAGAAGAGGCCUCCGAAGAGCCCCCCGGGGAAAUGGCAGAGCCGUUGCGCUGCUGCCCCAGAGACUCCUGUGGUCACCCCCAGCUCAGCUCAGCUCGGCCGCGCUCAAAGACCCGGAGUUUCCAAGAAGCAGGACUCUCCCUUCGAAAUCCCGCACACAUGCGCCGAAUGCUGGCAGAGUUUCAAUCAGACUUCAGACCUGGUCAAACACAUGCGCAUCCACACGGGCGAGAAGCCCUUUGAGUGUAGCCACUGCGGGAAGUGCUUCAACGUCAGCUCCAACCUCAUCCGGCACAAGAGGAUCCACACAGGAGAGAAGCCGUACACCUGCUCCGUCUGCGGGAAGAGCUUCACCGACAAAUCCACCCUCACCCAGCAUAACCGCAUCCAUACGGGAGAGAAGCCGUACACCUGCAGCUACUGCGGGAAAAGCUUCAGCCGGAGUUCUCACCACAAGAGACACCAGCGGAUCCACGCGGGAGAAAAUCCCGUCUCUCUCCUGCCUCUCUGGCCUUAUCCUAACCCGAUGUACUGAGGGCCCUUCUAUUGGGCGAGGCAGAAUUUCUACUAGACAUUUCCAGCAGAUGGUUCAACCGGGGUUUUACAUGGUUGGUGUUUGGAUCCAGGGCAGGAAUGGUGUUUCGGAUCUGCUGUAGGGCACACUCACUCGACUUAUCAGUCACUCUCACACUGUGAGACUUGGAAAAGAUGUAGUAGUUUCUUUAAGAUAUUGUUGACCGGCAUGCGAGUGGUGCAGUGGCUUAGAGUGGAGCUCUCGCCUCACAAUCAGGAGGCUGUGAGUUCAAUCCUGGGUAGAGGCAGAUAUUUCUGUGGGCACAUUGAAAAUAUAUCUACUGACUAUAACUCCACAUUGGUGACAGGAAGGGCAUCCGGCCAGUAAACACUCAGCUCCAUUCAGUUCCACUGCGCAAGGGAUUAUGGGGUCGUUAAAAGAUUAUGAUUGUUCACCAUCAUGCCACGGCAAACCUAAAACACCUUUCCCAUUUUAGAUGGGAAGGCUAUACAGGUAGCCCUCGUUUAGCGCCCACCUUGUUUGGAAUGAUUAAAGUGAUUAAAAAAAAGAACUAGUCACGAUCAAUCCUUGCAUUUACAACCU